AAAAAAUGGAUCUAUUUGUGGCCUCCGUAUCGUUAAACAAACAGAGCGCGACCGCGGUGCUCCCCGGCCCCGCGGUGCGCACAGAGGAGGAGGCUCGCUGCUUUCGUUUUCUCACAAGAGAGGCGAGGAAGUGAUUUGAAGUGAGGAGCCACUCAUGCGGUGAAAGGUUGAGCAGCGGCAGGUUUUCGGCGUCGACCGCGGAGCCGAUGGAGUUCUCUGAGCACAUCAAGACCGCCAAUGUGGAGGACGUCGUGCUCCGGCAGCCGCUGCACCCGCCGAGCAGGGGCACCCUGUGCAUCACCGGCCACCACCUGCUCUUCUCGGACAGGGAGGAGGGCGGCCCCCGGCAGGUUUUGCUGCUCCUCAGGAACAUCGAUGCCGUUGAGAAGAGCGUGGAAAACCUUUCGGGCUACUCCAGCCUCUUCUCUAAUGCAGGCCGCAGCGAAAGGAUAUCUGGAUCCUCAGGGACGAUUACCAUCAAGUGUAAAGAUCUGCGUGUGCUCCAGCUUGACAUCCCAGGCAUGGAGCAGUGUCUCAACAUUGCACACUCUAUCGAGACCCUGUCCUGUCUGGACUGUGUGUCGGAGCUGUAUCCUUUCUUUUACAGACCUUCUGAUCUCAGCCUGCAGGACCAGUGGGGUCUCUCAUUCCCUGAAAAGCACUACAGUCAAAUGAAGGAGCUUCAUGAUAGGUGGAGAUUGAGCAGCGUGAAUAGAGGAUACUCAGUGUGUCCCACCUACCCUCCAGCUGUCAUUGUCCCUAAGGAAAUAAAUGAUGACAUGCUGGUAAAAGUGGCCAAAUUCAGACAGGGAGGACGCUUCCCCGUGCUCUGCUACUACCACAGGAAGAAUGGCAUGGUAAUCAUGCGCAGCAGUCAGCCACUGACAGGAGCCAAUAGGAAGCGCUGCAGGGAAGAUGAGCUCCUCCUCCAGGCUGUGAUUGAUGGCUCAGACAAAGGUUACAUCAUUGACACCCGCUCCAGUCAGCAGGCUCAGCAGGCCCGGAUAACAGGUGGUGGGUUCGAGUCCAAAUCUUGCUACAACUGCUGGAAGAGGCUGCACAGACAGAUGGAAAGGGCUAAAGCACUACAGGAGAGUCUAAUUAAGCUGGUGGAGGCCUGUGGUGAAGAGUCUCAUAACAUGGACCGUUGGCUCAGUAAGCUUGAGAAUUCAAAGUGGCUGUCUCACGUCCAAACCGCUCUGUCAACUGCUGGCCUGCUGGCAGAGUGUGUGGAGAGGGACGGUCAUUCAGUUCUGGUUCAUGGUUCUGAAGGGACAGAUUCCACUUUGCUCAUCAGCACUCUGGCUCAGGUCAUCAUGGACCCAUGCUGCCGCACAGUGGAGGGCUUCCUGGCUCUGCUGGAGAGGGAAUGGGUACAGGCAGGACACCCAUUCCAGCAGCGAUGUGCCCACUCAGCCUACUCCCACGCACGCCUCCAGCAGGAGUCUCCGCUCUUCCUGCUGCUGCUGGACUGUGUGUGGCAGCUGUGGCGUCAGUUCCCUCUGGCACUGGGCUUCUCUGAGGCACUGCUCCUGAGGCUGGCGACUGAGGCCUACGCCUCUGACUACGGCACCUUCCUUUGUAACAGCGAUCAGGAGAGGUGUUCUCUAGGAGUGAAGGAGAAGACUCACUGUUUGUUCCAGGCCCUGCUGAGGCCCAAGGAGAGAGAGUAUUACUCCAACCCCCUGUAUGAGCGCACUGAACUUGCAAUCUGGCCCUCAGUCCACCCUCAGUCCCUGCAGCUCUGGAGAGGCUUUUUUUUGAGGUGGACCCCUCAGGCUCGUCACCUGGAGGAGGCUCAGGAGGAAAUAAGAAACAUGGUCAUCGAGUGGGGGAAGCUGGCACUCGUCACAUAACCCUUCCAAUAAUUAUGACUAUGUGAAGAUGGUCAGUCUGAACAUGUUGAACAUGUUUGGAGGAGGAAUGUUACAAUGUGCUAUGCCUUUGACUGUGGAAAUGUUUUCAGAAUUCUUAACAACCCGCUGUGUUUUAAUGUAGAAUAU